UCCCGCUGUAUGUUACCAUUAUUUCAGUCAUCUUCACACCCCUCUCUCUCUUCAACUCAGAAACAAAACCCUAGAAACCCUAACUCUGAACAAAACCAGAAGAAUAUCGAAGCGAUGGAAUCAAGCAUCGGAUCUAGAAAACGCAAACAACGGCCGUCGGAAUCCGAUCCUUUCAGCGGCAUAUUCACUCGCAGCCGUUCUCAGAUCUACUUCCACCGUCAUAGAUCCGGUUACGCUCGACCUGAUUCCAAUCGGAGCCGUAAUAUUAUCAAAUCGCUAGCAAAACAGCAACAAUUGGAAGCUUCAGUAGAAGUUUCAGUAGAUCCGGUUACUAAUCAAGUGUCGGUGAAGGAUCUACGCGCCAGGAGAGUGUUUUCUCCUGCUACGGAUGCUUCAAACGACGUCGUUAGCAUCGGAGAAGUGGAUCUGGAACCUGAUUGUAAGAAGGAUGAUGUAAACCCUAGGGUUUUGGUGUCUGAAGCUGAUUUGGGGGUUUUUGAACCUGUUGUUGUUGAUUUGAAAGAUAAUAAUGUUACGGAAGGUGAAGAUGUUGUUGUUCAGAUGACACCGGAAGAAAAUAAGAGUGCUGAAGUGAAGAAUGAGAUGAGUUCUGCUGUGAAUGAAGUUGCAGAUAUUAAAGGAGUUAUGAAUAUGAAUAAGAGUCAACAAUUGGUUACAAGUUUGCGUGGCCGAAGGAAGGUAUUUAAGAGUCCAACUUCAUUUAAUUAUAGAAGGUUGCUUCCUUAUUUAAUGGAUUCAGGGAGUGAUGAUUCUUCCAGUUUUGAGAUAAUUGAGGCAACACUGCCCAAAAGUUUGAAGUCAAGUAAUCCAGUUUCCAAUACGGUUGUGCUUAAAGAUGAAGACAUUGUUCCACUAUCCAAUUCUAGCAAAUUGGCAGAUGGUUUGAUGAAUAACGCUAAAAGCGGUGAACAACAAUUAUCGAACGGUGCGAAUGCUGGUUUAGUUAGCACUGUUGAGAGUUCAGAUGUGGUGCAGAAAACUCAAGAAGAUGUUGCAAAUGACACAUUAAAGUGUGAGCAGAUGACACCACCAUCUGAUUCAAUUACUUAUAAUAAAUCCAAGGCCGAUGACGUCUCAUCGGGUGUGCUUGUAAAGCCAACAUCUACGCGGGCACUUAAGUCGUGUUCAAGACAGAAACUACUGCAAACUCCGACUUCCUUUAGUCAUAGAAGAUUGCUUCCAUUUCUGAUGAGUGUUGCUGAAGAUUAUUCAUGUCCGUUAAACGACAACAAAUCGUUAAACCUUGAGAACGCUAUAAAGCAAAAUCAACAGCCACCAACACAACCGUUGCAUAAAAAUGAGAAAUUAACUACCACAGAUGAGGCGUCAAAUUCUCCUACGUCUACACUGACCCCAGUGGAUAUAUCAACCGAUAUAACAAAGCCAGUUACUUUAGUUUCAAAUGACAAUAUUUCGGAUGCUAAUACGCCAAAUAAAGCGAGGAGUGGAUCCGUCUCACAGUUGGAGGUAAAUUUGCAAGUUGACGCUGUUAAAACCGACAGUUGUAUAAAAACGGAACAGUCACCACCUAAAGUUAAUUUGAAACUCGUCGAAGAACCAACUUUUAACCCUGCACCGCUGUGCAUUAGAGCAACUUCCGAAGCCGCACCGUUGUGUGUUGAACCAACUUCUAACGCUGCACCGUCGUGCAUUGAAGCGACUUCUAAAGCGGCACCACUAUGCAUUGAACAGAGUGACAGAGAAGACCAUCUGAAAAUAGUCAAAGAAAGUCCAACUUCUAAUACCUCACCACUAUGCAUUGAGCAAAGUUACGGUAAAGUCAAAGAAAGUCCACAACAAUAUCUGCUGCAGGUUCCCGAAACUCAAGGAGAAAUUAUUAGAAGUGGAAUUUUGAAGAGAAAUCCGAGAGGGUGCAGAGGGAUCUGCAACUGUUUGAAUUGCACAUCUUUUCGUCUACAUGCCGAAAGAUCGUUCGAGUUUUCAAAAAAUCAGAUGCAUGAUGCUGAGGAAGUUGCAUUGGAGCUGAUAAACGAUUUGUCAUAUCUUCGGAACAUUCUAGAAACAACUUCUACUCUUGAUGCUGAUAAAGAAAAACUGGUGAAAGAUGCGUGUGCAAAAGCUUUGUAUAAAGAACAAGAAGCCAGAGCCCGUUUGGCACAAAUGAACGAGGAUCUAAGUUUUCACUGCAGAAGCAUGAAUUUGUUGCGGCCGAAGGUGACAUUCGCCAACAAGAUUGAAGAAAAAUUCAUUUCAAAAAAUCAGAAUUAUGGAAAGAAGAGUGUGUAGUUGUCUUGAUUAAUAUUUUGAUACAAUGUAGAUUUUUUUGAGAUGGGUUUUAUAUUCAUGAGACUUGUGUUUUACAUGUAUGAGAUGGGAUAUACAAAAGGCAAUGAAUUAUUUCAAGUUA